UAGGCUCAGUGGUUUAGCCCACAGCGCCACCUGGUUCCCUUUUUCCAAUGAGAUUAUUUGCAGGUAAAUCCAGCAGCGAUCCAGCGCUGGCUGAGGAGAGGUAUUUGUUUCUGAAAAAGCAAGCAGAGAAGCAGCAGCGACCCUCUCUCUGAGAUCAUUUGGAAGAGAUCCCCAAGGAUCAUUUUCUAGUCCAACCCCCUGCAAUGCAGGAAUCUCGGGAUCUCCCUGAACUGCACUGAGCCUAGCAAUCCAACCAGCAAGCCACCAGACGUGCAAUUUGAUCCACUGCGUGGAUCCCACGCCACUCCCAGCCCAGGGACACUACUUGCCGAGAAACUACAAUCCCCACAAUGCCUUGCGCCAAAACCCGGGCUUCUCCCAUCAUCUGAUUGGCCAGGACUUGUUGACAGUGAGAGGUUGGCGCUAUUGGUCGGGUAGCCCGCGAAAGGCGGGCUUCUUCCUUUACUCCCGCCUCCAGAGACUACGCUCGGUGCUCGGGCCAAUGAUCGCCGAGGCAGCGAUCGGACUGACCAAUGGGCAUGAAGGCGCGAAUGGGGAGAGUUUCGAACGGAGCCGCGGCGCCGUGAGGGGAAAAGAGUGGCGGGAGCUCUGAGGCGCCUUUGGGUGGGAAACGUGAGGCGCUUUGCUGAGGACAUGGCGUUUGUUACUCCAAGGAAGCGAAAAUGCAGUGAUGACGGAUUUUGCAGCUUGUUAUUAGUACACAGGAAUCCAGUGAAAAAACUCAGGAUGGAAUUCGUUGAGGAUCUGCCUAUAACGGAUCCUGCAGGACACAGGACUGUAUCUCAAAUGUUGAGUUUCCAAGAUGAAGAAAACGAAAAUCAAAACCCGUCCCAAGCAUCAAGAGUAUCACAGAAGCUCGAUAAGUCUCCACUACAAACAGCCAGUGUGCCAAAGCGGAUACAAAGAACGUCUCCUGAGUGUGGCACUGCAUACUGUUCCACUGUACCCACCAGCUCCUUUUACAACAAAGGGAAGCAAUAUCUAAACCUACUGGAGAGGAAACUAGCAAAGGAAAGCCACCCUCUUAAUCCAAUAAAUGAUGGCGGAAACCUACCUACUGCCAACAAGACUGAGACAACACAGCUGAAAGUGACGACAAGCAGGAGCAGAAUUUCAAAAACACCCAAGCGCCCUGCUGCUUCCAGGCAGGCCAAGGCUUUGCCAAGAAACACCAAAAAAGCCAAGAUGGCGGUGGUGCUUCCCAAGCCUGUGGAGGGGAACAAGGAUGCUAACUGUGCUAUUGAAAAUAAAGUGGAGACUCCUUUCAAAGUAUUAAGCAUGAAAUUCAAACCUGUGCCGAAACUCCAGACAGGGGCAGCAUUCUUUGCCACUAGAAAGGAAUGGCAGCCUGGCUCUAAGAAGAAACUUUCAUCUCCCUUGUCCCCCCGCUCAGUUAGCAAGCCCACAGUAAAAGAGAGACAGGGCAGACACUUGACUCAUUCCAAGCUCUACUUGUCCACUGAAAGCAAAGCAACUGAAGCAGGCAGGAAAGGAAGCCCAAAAGAGAGAAAACUUGAUCGUGUGGAAGAUGGUGUGAAAUUGAUCUGCAACACAAGCCAGGAGACUGUGUGUGAACUGAACCUGUUGCAAGAUACCAGCCCUCUCCAAACGUCUCAUUCUGGUUGCUCAGAGACUCUGGUAGAAAAGGAAACUGAUGCUGGAACUCAGGACCCUGAAGAAAUCUUGCAGGGAUCACCAAAAUACAUGGACAAGCACAAGACUGCCUCUUCCAGCAAGCUUUCUAGUACGAUAAUCAAGGAUAAGCAGCCAUCUUCAGCAAGUGACACCCAUCCAUUUUUCAACACACCUUCCAGCAACAAAAAAAGGCCACACAUUUUCUCAGAUGAGCAGUCUUCAGCUGUGGUGCUCAGUCCAGUAGGACAGAAGGUCCCUGCCAUUCUGAGAACCAGCAAGAAGACAAAGGAACUGAGCAAAGAUCAGAUGAUCAUUGAUGCUGGCCAGAAAUAUUUCGGCGCCACUGUCUGCAAAUCAUGUGGUAUGGUCUACUCAGCUGCAAGCCCAGAAGAUGAAACACAGCAUGCCCAGUAUCAUCAGCGGUUCCUUGAAGGAAUAAAAUAUGUGAGCUGGAAGAAUGAACAUGUUGCUGCAGAAUUCUGGGAUGGAAAAAUUGUCUUGAUUCUUCAGGAUGAUCCAAAAUAUGCCAUCAAAAAGGCUGAAGCUGUACGGGAGCUUGUAGAUAAUGAGCUUGGAUUUAAACACGUUGUGUUGCGCUGUCCAACCCAAACAUACCUGUUUGUAUCCACUGAAAAGAAGAUUGUUGGCUGCUUAAUUGCUGAGCCAGUCAGACAGGCUUACCAAGUGCUUUCAGAGCCUACAACCGUGUCAGGGUCUCCUACUAAUGACAGUCUAGAGCAUCAGCGUGCCUGGUGCUGCUCAACGAAGCCAGAGAAGGUGUUCUGUGGGAUCAGCAGAAUCUGGGUGUUCAGCCUGAUGCGGAGAAGAGGCAUUGCCAGCCGUCUAGUGGAUGUGAUGAGACGUACAUUCUUAUUUGGCUCUUUCUUAAACACCAACGAAAUUGCUUUUUCUGAUCCCACACCAGAUGGCAAGCUAUUUGCAGCCAGGUAUUGCCAAACACCCAACUUCCUUGUUUAUAAUUUCAUAAGUUAAGGUCAGUUGAAGGUGUCUUCCUACAGCAUGAGCUCCCCUUCUACGAAGAUUCAACAAGCUAUUUUGUCAUUUUCCUUGUGUUAUAUUCUGCAUUUUAACAUUGUAAUAUAAAUUAGGAGCGGCAACAAACCAUGUUUGUGUUGCUUUAAAAAGUUUUAUUCUGAAAGUUGAAACUUUCAAAGUUGAUUGUAAGUUUUAGAUGGUAUGAAGAAAAGGCCAAUUUAGUCUAUCUACAGCUGACAUCUGCUUGAGCUAUUUGAAUCCUCUGCCUCCAGUGUUCCGAAGCUUUGAACUCCUUCCGUCAAACCUAUUAGUAUAAUAGAAGAUUGGCUUCUUUCUUUAGCCAGCUGGAUCAGAGGUGAGAGUUUGAAGUCAGGGGCCAGUGGUCCUUCAGAUAUUGGACCUAAUGGUCAGAGAUGACUAGAGGUGUAGUUCUGCAACAUCUAGAAGGUGACUGAUUCUCCAUUCUUGUUUUAAGCUAAAGAAAGUCACUCUUGACAAAGUAAAAUCUUCCCUACAGAAUGGAGGUAGGAAGAGUCUGAGGUGUUUGAAUGCUGCUAUGGACCUGUUAACUAUUCUUUUUGCACCUGUUGGUAGCUCCCCAGCACUUGAGGCUACUUCUGUAAUCCUAAAGCAUUGGAUUUUGAAUCCUGAGCCUAUGUCUGUGAACUGCUGCAAUUAUUGCACUAAACUUUGUUCAAACAAGUCUGUUCAAAUAAAAUAUUUGUAAUUUAGUCUCUGUUCAUGUCAAUAUUGCUGUGUCUGGUGGGGUUUGUUGGCUUCCAUCUGUCUUGGGAAACAAUGGAAGCGUAUGCCUUUGUGGGCAAAGUCUUUCAGGAAUAUGACAGGGAUACCAAAAAGCCUGGCCCAUAAAAAGAACUUGUAGCAGUCCUCACAAGUUUAAACGUGGUUUAAACAAAAAUCACCUAUAU